AAUUAAUUUGAUUUAUUAAGGCUCAUAAAGUAGAUAUUGGAUAUUAGUUAUGUAGUAGCACAUUUGUUUCCUCAAGGUCGCUGUAUAUGCUUAUAACUUUGAGGAAACCUGCAGUACUCCAUAUUCAUCCCAAUAUGUCUCGUUUCUGUAGAACUGGAAGACCACCCGGUUUAAAAGGAAAGGAGAUUGGCCUCUGGCAUGCUGCACAAUCAAAAAUUAAAGAGCAAAGUCGAUGUGAGCGUCAACCUAAUUUGGCUUCUAUGUCUCUUGUUGGAAUGAAUUUGUCAAGAGUUCAGUCAGUAGUACAAGAGUGUGUGGAGCUUGGCAUUAAAUCGUCUACAGUCAAUAACAAGCAUGUUUCGUCUGCGCAAAAAUCUUCAACUGUCCUUACAACAAACAAAAUUUCAGAGGAUGAAGAAGAAGUAGAAGCUGUAUUUGAAGAAAUCCAAGAUUCAUUCGAUAUUCCAAUCGACCAGUGCUCGGAUCCAGAUCAGAUGACGCUCAUAGGGGGAAAUUUGGCCAAAAAUGUAUCCAUAGAUAACGAGCUCAUUCAGUUGAUGACAGAUUGCAGGAAUUCUCAAAUGUAUAUGAAAAUGUUAGAAUCUAGACGUAAACUUCCGGCGUACCAAAUAAAAGAGGAUGUUGUUUCAACGGUACAAAACAAUCAGGUUGUAAUAAUAAGUGGUGAAACAGGUUGCGGAAAGACUACCCAAGUCCCACAAUUCAUUUUAGAAGAUCAAGUUCUAAAGGGGAAUGGAUCUGUUACACGUAUUGUUGUUACACAACCACGACGUAUCAGUGCAAUUUCAGUUGCUGAGCGUGUUGCAGCUGAAAGGGGUGAAUCAAUUGGAUCUUCUGUAGGCUAUCAGAUUCGUUUGGAACGUCGAUAUCCUCAGCGUCCUCAUGGUUCAAUUCUCUUUUGUACAACAGGAAUUAUUCUUCAAUGGUUUCGUUCUGAUCCAUUGUUAAAAAAUAUCAGCCAUAUUAUUGUCGAUGAAGUGCAUGAACGCGAAUUCUUAUGCGAUUUCCUACUGUGUAUGCUGAAACGAAUAGCUCCUCUUCGUCCAGAUCUCCGGAUAAUUCUUAUGUCAGCAACAAUUAAUGCAGAUAGAUUCUCUGAGUAUUUUAAUAACUGUCCGAAAUUCGAAAUUCCUGGUAAAACAUUUCCAGUCAAAACCUACUACUUAGAAGAUGUUUUGAAAGAAACCAAAUUCUGGUUGCCAAACUCUGCUUUAAAUAAACUUAAUCGUGACCAAUCUUCUACAUUAAAACAACGUCUUCUUAAGUCAAAUAUUCCUAAGAAAGAGGCUCGCAUACGGUCCUAUGGAAAAACUCCUGAGUUCUGUCGGUGGUUGCAAUCUUUAAAUGGGCUGUCUUCAAAUGCAGUAGAAAUCUUACGUAGUGUCGGUGAGGAUAGUUAUCCACAAACUGAUCUCAUCGCUCAUUCCAUUGAGCAUAUUCUGCAGAAUACUGAAUGGGGUGCAAUACUUGUUUUUGUUCCAGGUCUUUCAGAUAUAAAAGAGACAAUCAGAGGUCUACGUGAACUGAAUCCAAGAAGAUAUGAUGAUCGUUAUGGAAGUGUACGGAUUUAUCCUUUACAUUCCAGACUCCCUACAUCUAGGGAUCGUUCAUUGUUUGAGCCCCCGCCACAAGGCAAACGAAAAGUUAUUAUAUCAACUAAUAUUGCUGAAACAAGUGUAACUAUUGAGGACGUGGUUUAUGUAAUUGAUUGCGGUCGAAUUAAAGUAACCGAUUAUGAUCCAAUACAGAAUACAUGUACACUGACACCUAUUCUUGUCAGCAAAGCUAAUGCAUCUCAGCGUUGUGGAAGAGCUGGCCGUGUCCAGCCUGGUAUUUGUUACCAUUUAUUCUCAAGUUAUGUUUACGAUAAUGUGAUGUCAAAUUUUCUACAACCGGAAAUGCUACGUGUUCGUUUGGAAGAUGUAAUUUUGAGAAUAAAGUUAUUAGGUCUUGGACGAGUUAAGCCUUUCUUGACUAGUUGCCUUGAUUCUCCAUCUGAAGACGCUAUAUCACAAACACUAACAUUUCUCAGACAAAUUCAAGCUUUGAAAGUAACACAACCGCAGACAUGCUGUGACAUUUCAUUGAAAAAUCACGGUAAAAAUCAUAAAGCAAAUCGUAAAUCCUUAAGAGAAUAUACAGAAGCUGUUAAAAAUAAUGUAAAUGCCAAUGGUGUAGAUUCUUUGGAUCCAACUAGUUUUCAACUGAAUAUAACAGAUGAAGAAGAUGACGAAUUAACUCCACUCGGUGUUCAUCUUGCUAACUUUCCACUUGAUCCACAAUGUGCUAAACUCUUAUUAUUUGGAGCUCUGUUUGGUUGCCUGGACCCAGUUUUGUCUGUGGCCGCAUGUCUAACUUACCGGGAUCCAUUCGAAAUACCUUUGGAAAAACAAGAAGAGGCUGAUAAACGUCGAUUAGAAUUAUCACAAAACUCCUUAAGCGAUCACUGGGUGUAUGCUACAGUUAUUCAAAACUAUCAAGGAUUAAAUUCACCUUUUGAACGUCGACAGUUCUGUCAAAAAUACUUUCUUAAUGAACGUACAAUUAAAGAUAUAAUUAGAUUAAUGCAGGAUUAUGCAUAUUUGCUAUACGAACGAAAGUAUAUUGCAACGCCCAAACCGAAUGACACGAAUGCAAAUCGUAAUCAAUGGAAUGUCAAUCUUUUCCGAGCUAUAAUGUGUGCGGCAUUAUACCCAAAUAUCGUCAAAGCGGAUCCAAGAUUCACUAAAGAUGGUCGACCUAAACCACCAACUAUUAUGGCUUGUCCUUCUGAAGGUAGAGCUACUAUUCAUCCUGCUUCAGUAAACAGUAAACUUCAACCAAAUGAACCAUUAUGGAUGGUUUAUUUUACAAAAACAAAACUUGAAUUGGGAUCUUGGCCAACAAUAUUUGAUUCAACGGUCAUAUCAUUAAGACCUCUAUUGUUCUUUAGUAGAAAUAUAGAAAUAACAAAGAAUGAUACUGGUCUUUUCACUAUUGAUCAAUGGAUUAAAUUCAAUGGAGAGAUGAAGGUAGUUAAUGUACUCAAAGUAAGUUGAUUGGUACUCUUUUUCAUUAUGACUUAACCGAUUCCAGUAAUUCACUUUAAUUCCUGGUCAUGAUUUUCUAUGCAGCUUAUCAUGUUGGUAUUAUUUGAAGGAAUUUCCAAUAGACAGUGAUGUAUUACAUUGCUCUACUCUUAAAUUCAAAAGUUUGUUUCAUUUUGAGAGUGGAUAUCUCUAGAGAAACAACAUUUACAGUUUUAUAUACAUUGAAGUAGAAAAAAAGUGUAAAGUGGAUGACUUGUGAGAAAUUAGGUAGUAACAUUAAUAAAAAUGCCAGACUUUAUUCAAAUAAUUUUUUGUCUUACUUCAGGUGAUUCCUAACGACCUCAGCUCUUUCACUUCCCGCGCUUAUUGUGUUACCGUUCAGCUACGGGAGUGAAAUCUAUUCACUCAUGUUAUCUGUGUUCCUACCUAUCUACAGUCAUAAUGCGACCAUUAUUCGUUGUCACCGCUAAGUAGUUCGUAGCACAACUUUUUAUUUAUUAUUCUGUGAGCACACUUGUAAAGGUUCAGAGUACCAUCCUGUUGCCCACAGCUAAACUAAUAGGAUGUGAUUCGGAUCGGAGAUAAUUUUUCUUACCGAGCUGGUGUUUCGUUUUGUUUAGACACUUCAACAUUUUAUAACCAAGACUUCACGAGGUUUAAGCCCAAGAAUUUCAAGCUGAAGGACCAUUAGAUGUUACAUGACUUUAACUCUAGAAUCGAUUGAG